AUGCCCAGGUGCCCCCGCAUCCGCGACCCUCCUGUCUUCACCGGCGUGGAUGGCACUGACGUCGAGGACUGCCUCGCCGCGUACGAACGCAUGAGCGUCCCCGAUCAUUGGGAUGAGGCAGAGAUAGAAGAUUUGUUCCUCGGCUGCCGCGCGCCUGGACAAAAGGUUUGGAAAUCAGCCGGUGGCCAUAUAGACAUAAACAAAAUUGACGAGCAGGCCUUCCGGAGGCAAUUCCGCUUCUACAAGGAAGACCUGCAAGUUCUGACCGAGGCCCUGAAGAUUCCAAUAAUUCGGAGCAGCCAAGGCGUCACCAUGUCCGGACAAGAAGCGCUUUUGAUGGAGUUGCGCAGGCUCGCGUACCCCAAUAGAUGGUGGGACUUGGAGUCCCUUUUUGGCCGUCACUCGUCGGCGCUAUCUAAUAUAGUCAGCCAGUUAUUCGGCCACAUCUAUAGCACAUUCGGGCACCUGCUUGCGGAUGUCAACAACCACAGCUGGCUGAGCUUGAAUGAUCUGGAGGAGUACUCCGAAGUAAGCACGCUGUGUGCACCCCUGCGCAACUGCUGGGGCUUCGUGGACGGCUCGGCGAGGCCCAUUUGCCGCCCUACAGUCAACCAGCGGAUAUGCUUUUCAGGCCACAAAAGGCAGCAUUCUGUAAAGUAUCAGUCGGUCAUGUGUGCAAACGGAAUUGUGUGCCAGCUUGAUGGGCCAUAUGCAGGGCACAAGCAUGAUGCCGGCAUCUUACGCCUAAGCGGACUGUACCAGAAGCUGGAAAAGUUAUCCCAGAGCUACUCAUAUGGGAUAUAUGGUGACCCUGCAUACCCACUGCGCCCUCUUCUCAUGAGGCCUUAUGCUGAAGCCAUCCACACACGACCGCAAGCCCUUUUCAAUAGGCAUAUGAGCACUGUUCGCCAGGCGGUCGAGUGGGGAUUUGGAAAGACUGUGGCAGACAAUCUGGUGAUCUAA